UCCAGGAUCGAUGUAUUAUGUGGCGCGUGCGCAUUCAGUCUCCGCCGCCACCGUGUCAGUGUCGAGCGAGAGACGGCCGGCACAGCUCGCGCCCGGGCGGGGAGGACUGUGAGCAACUAACCUUCUCAAGAUGGCGGCCGCCCGUAAGCUCGGAGUCUUGUACUCGUCGCGCGUCUAGUGAGUGUCCACCUGAGCAGAGUGCAGUGAUGUGAUGUGGUCCGGGCCCUCCGACGAGCAUGCAGCAUGAGCGAGGGCUGCGGGGGGCCCGCGUUCUGGCGGCCUAGCGGGCCCCGGCGCACGGCCCCCGGGGGGUGCAGUCGGAGCCGCACGGGGGGGCACUCCGGCCGCCCGCAGCGAUGCUCCCGGCGCCCGUAGCUGACCGAGCCGCCGCUGCCGCCGCCACCGCCACCGCGACCUGCCCCGCAGAAUGCCCCGGGCCCUCGCGGGCCUGUCGCUGCUCCUGAUGGCCGGCCUGGCGUUCGCCGCCACCCCGCCGCUCGAGGCCGUCUCCAGCUUGCUGUCGUCGAGCGACCUCCAGUGGGCCGUCUGCUCGCCGCCGCCGGCCCAGGCCCAGACCGCCUCCGGAACGGACCUUGGGCCCCUCUGUCCGCCGCCCUGCCCCGCCAACAGUACUAAGUCUACUCAGUGCCUUUAUUACUUGCAAGAAUCGCACAAAGAGGAGGUGUGCGGCCCCGACUUGGGUCCCGAGCGCAGGCGUGACGUGCUGCACGGACUCCGGAUGCGCCACUGCUGCGAGCACGCGGUCGACCAGGCCCUGCCCGAAGACGCCUUCAACGGCGGAAAGGCAUGCAGAGACAUGCUCGACACCCUCAUCAAGGCGGACGAUCUCGCCAGCCGCAUCGCCUGCGGACACGCACAGGUCCUCACCAGAUACGACUGCGGACAGACCUAUUCCAUCGCGCACCCCUGCUAUCGAUGCAAGCAAGCAUACCGACGGUGGGUGUGCAGUUAUCUGGUGCCUCAUUUCACACGCGCAGACGAGCGCGUGCGGCCCUGUCUCAGUGUGUGCCAGGACGUGGAGCAGCAGUGCCCAUACCUGUUACCGGGGGACUGGACGAACCAAACCGUUCCGCCGGGGGAGACGGCUCAUCCCACGCCACAGUACGCCGGGGAACCCACCUUCCUCUGUCUCGAUCCCAACAUCCCGGAGACGGGCGAGCAGAGGCUCAAUUCCUCGCGCGGAGACGAAGACUGUUGUUAUACGCACUGCGGCUCUCCGGGAAGGGGCGGCAGUGUAAUCGUCGGCGGCAGUGGUACCGCGGAAGUGCUCAAUGUGUGCGAGCACUGCCCAGGUCGACCUAGGAAGAACGCCGCCACCGGCGGCAGCAAGUCGACCACCGCCGCCCGGGGCGCGGCCGCCGCCAGGACUUGUAACAAAGUGUCAUUACUGUGGACCGCAUGGAUUAUUUCUCUAACACUAAUCGAACACAAACAGACCAUUUAUAACACAUUACAAUGUUUGUUAGUUCUGUGCGCGACCAGUGUGCGGACGACGCUGCUGCUGCUGAUGACAAAGUGGACAAAGACCAAGUGCGGAACGUGCUCAUAGAAUUAGGACUGUUAGGCGAUAUGUGUUCGUCCAAAUGCCCGAGGUGGUCUGCUCAUGACUGUCUUUUCAUUCUAACUGCUUUCUCAGUCAAGCCCUUUUAGUGCUCUUCGAGAAAUAUGGAACGGAAAAAAGCUCAAUUCUACAUAAAUUUUUGCAAGUAUUUAAACGAAAUCAAUAAAAUUUUAGCUCUUUUAUACAUUAAGUAUCACAAACAAUAUCACUAAAGUUUUCCCAAUAAAUUCUUAUGUAAUGUUGAUGGUUUCUGCUUAAUAAUUAGUCAAUAAUAUACUUGCAGUUAUCAAAAAUUGGAAAAAUUUUUUUUAAUCAAAAUCCUUUAUUUUACAAAGUCGACAAAGUAUAGGUUCAGAAGAGCACAAAGAUUAAUAUUCUGGAUGCUGGCCGUCCAAUGUAUUAUUUUUAAUAAAUAAAAAAAAUAAAAUAAUAAAACGUUUUAAUUUUUUUCAAAGAAUUUUAAGAAAAUCUCAUGUUUGAGUGUUUUAACACUUAAGUAAAAAAUCGGUCUUACUUCCUCAUAUAAUUCCAUCUUUCCCAACUAUUUUAUUACGAAAAUUUACCACGUAAUUUAUAUUUUCGAGUGGCAAAAGACUAAGCUGGCAGUAAAAUGGGAAAAUUAUGAAAUAAAAAUUCAUUACAAUAAAAAAAUAUUAUUCUUCAAGAUAGUUUCAUCUUGUAAACGGGAUAAUAAAAUAUUCUGCCGCAUUUUUUGCCGUUUAUGAAACUUCGAGGUUAAUUAAAGAAAAAAUCAGUCUGCAAAUUACUCAAAUACUUCUAAGUAUAAAUUGUUUGUUUAACAAAGUAGUUCAUUUAAGCGAUAUUGUUUAACUGUGGUUAAUAGUCAAUACUGUUUAAUCUAAAGUAAAAUUCAAAUUCCUUUCCAACCUGCUUUCACUAGGUCAUUAUUCAAUAAUUUAUGAAUUAGUUUAAAUAAAAAACAAACUUUAUCAUCAACAAGCUUAGAGACAAUAUUAUUUCAUUCUUUUAAAUUUGUAAAGAUAAAACUAAAGGUAGCAUUUUUCUGUUCCAUAUUUUGGUUUAAUUAACGAGUUGUUGACGAAUUUCUAAUUUGAAUCGGCCUGAGUUGGGGCCUGUCCUUGGGAUCUGAAAUCGUGCCAUUAUCUCAUUGAAACGAUACGAAACAAUAAUAAACAAUGCAGCUGCAUGACUGCCUCAUAACAUAAAAUUGUAAAAAAAUAUUUUAAUAAUUGUGUAAAUAAAGUCCUUGAAAGGUCGUGGACUUGCGUUAACGAAGAUUGUUUGUUUUUGGUGUUGGUUUUGGCAUUCGUCCCGCAUGAACAGACCACAGCUGGUGUGCGGAUUUUUUUUAGAAGAAUUAUAUCUUCAUGCACAUAGAAUUUGUCUAGGACUGCAAUGUAAAUGUGGAGUCAGAGAAAUACCGACGCACAAGUCAAUUAUCAGUUUGGUAAUGCAAUGGUGGAAAAAAGGGACGAGACCCGAGACAGGUAUUGGCUGACUCUCAUUUGUCUAAUGGCUGUUGCGAAGUAUAUAAUGAAGACUAUAUUAUAUUGUUGAUGUUGAAGAUAUAUUACUAAUUUUGAUUGAUUUAUUUUGAUACUACAGGAAAACUUUGUUGCAAUACGUUCUUGUGAAGCGUGCAUUACUUUUAAAUCGACUUAUAGAUCAAUACGGAUGUAACGUGAGGACUUUUGUUAUUUUUCAUCCAUUCCGGCCAAUGAAAGGAGUAACUCACUAAAUUGUUGAUGUUAUUAAAUUUGCAACGGCGUUCUGACAGCAGCUGCAACAUUUCAAACCACCCACUCCAGAUAGAUUCCACUUGAUCGGAUAGAUUUCUUUUGAUCCGCACACUUGUGAAAAUAAUCGCCUUUGGUUUUUCCAUGAUGUGGCUUGCUGCUGGACGUCUAUGUGCAAUCACGAAUCGCUCUUGUUAUUGCUUUAGUUCCGACAGUUGGCUCUCGAAGAAAUGCAACCGAGUCGUUUGUCCAGAACCUCCACUCCACCUUUGAUAUACUUACGAAUCAGCCACGAAGCAGUCACCUAGUUGCGAUUAUGCUAUACUUUGUUGAUGUACAAUUUGCGUUCUCAAUUAGUUGAACGACUUAUUUGGCAAAAAUUAAAUAAAAUACCUAGACGUAAAUGCAGAUCGAAAAGGUAAUAAAAUAUUGUUAAAUGUGAGAUCCUGUAGUUAUAUUGGAGCGUAGCCAGUUCGAACGGAUCAUAACGUAGCUGCAAUUAUACUUCUGAUAGAGAGAACACCAUUUUUAGUUUGUGCAAGAAUGUUUCCCGACUGCCAUCAAUAUAUAUUUUACGAGUGCUUAGUGAUACCAACUGAUAGUGUUAUUUUAACAAAAAUACUCAACGACAAACGGCACAACCUCUUCAUAUCAACAGAUGACUUUCCUGUGCGGCUACCCACUUUUCACUUCUUCGGUUUGAUUUGUUCACGACAGCUUUCGAAAAAUUGUGUUCAACAUACUCCUAAUUUUAAGAUUUUUAAUGUGCAAAACUCAUUUUAUACGAAAACGUGCCCCUGGCGACACCCUUAACUAAACAUUUUUUACCACUGUAAAAUGAGUUUUUCGGAACAGUCUCUGCCAUUUUGCCUACACUUUACUGCAGCUAAGACAAUUUAUUAGAAAAACGCGCACAGCAUGGAAUCAGUUCAUUCAAUUCAAAUUUAAUUUAUCACAACAAAAUGGCAGGAUCUAUACCCACUGUGCAAAAAAAAUUCGUUAGCAACCACCGCAAUUCCACACAAGUCCCACUAAGAAUUCUCUCACUGUAUUACAAAAAAUAUUCCAAAUUUCAAAAGUUAUUUUUACUUGCAGCAAAUAUAAAAAAAUGAGCUCAAAAUGUUAACAACAAUAAAGUUCCGAAAAAUUAUAUUUCGAGAAAAAUAAGCAUAUAUUUUAGCAUAAAUAUUUAUUUCGCUGAACAAAUAAUGUGUGCUGUACUCUUUGAACUAAAAAUUGUGUAAAUGAUGAUUAAAAUGGUGAGAAAAAUAGAAAGAAACGUAAGCAUGUAAAAGAAACCAAUUGAAGUGUCAUAUUAAAUACAUUAUUUAAACCCACUUUUAACCAAAUUUAUUUAGAAAUAACAAGUUACAGAAAAAUCGCAUAACAAUAAAGAAUAGUUUUACUUGUUAUUACAAUUUAUUUAUUCUUUACUUCGUCGAGAAAGACACCAUUUUUGCAUAAUUUUAUUUCAAAAAAUUAACAAACCAGUUAUGUAAUUAAAUACCGUUAUUUCAUUUUUAUAUUUUUUAUAUUCUUGGUUCGUCUCACUCGCCUAAAAACACUUAAUAAAUGGAUGAAUGAAAUCGACCAAAUACACAAUUACAAUGGAACUCCAAGAGAAAUCAAUAAGAAACAAAAAACUGGUGUAAAGAAAAACAGCGCCAGUCUAAAAAUUCGGAAAAAUGUUGCGUUUUCAGUUUACAAAAUUUUACAGAUUAAAACUUAAUAGGGUUGUACAGUAAAUUUUGGCUUUGUACUGUUUUUCAUCUCACGUACAAUUGAUUUUUUACCAAUUUAUAAAAACUUUCAGUUUUUUUAAAAGCCUGAUUUUUUAGAAAUUAUCAAGUAAAAAUAACAUUUCGUUAUACUGCAUCUGAAAGAAAAUGACACACUAGUUACUAUUCGUAUUUUAGGUGCUUUUUGCACAGGAAAAUUUACGUUUGAGAAAUUCUGGUUGGGACAGCCUGUUUAUGUUUGCAAUUUUUUGCUUUAGCUCAUGAACAAGCAGCCAAAUAGUUGUACAAACUAAAGCGUGAAGCAUUUACACGUCGCUUAUUUGUAUAAUAAUUUAAAUCAGGGUAAAAUUCGUAUAUUAUUACAUUUGUUAACUUUGAAAUAAAAUGUUGAAUUGUAAAAAGCGACCAAACCGAGACAUUAGAACUUUACAAGUGCAACUAUUUGAAUGUUGGUAGAAAACGAAAAACUUUGCAUUGAAAUCUCCUUUAAAGCUCCGUUAAUUUGCGUCAGGUUCACGUUGUACUAUUAAGAAAAAAAUGUGAAAAAUGUUUGUGUGCGUAUGUUUUAGUACAGAAAUCAAAAUAUAUAUUAUAUUGUAAAAUUAUGGUAUUGGGAACGACUCUACGUAGCUAAAGGUCUAGAUUCGUCCGCAAUGCGAGAGUGUCGCUAGUGGUCUCAUGUUACUAGCUGUGUUCGUUAGAGAUCUCUGCAAACGCUGACCAUACGGAGGCAUGCUUGGCCGAUUUUUGUGUAUAACAUGGACAUGGUCGAGACCGUCCUGGGACCAUCCGAUAGCAAAGAUCUGGGUCUAGUUGUAAAGGUCGCUCAGAAUUUCGCCAUUGUCCUCGCGUUUAGUUUACAGCGAAUUUUGUUCUCGGAGAGCAAGCCUUAUGACGCAAUAUGAGUGUGUGAAAGAUUUUUUCAGUUUUGUUCGCAACAAGCAUGCCUUUGUACCGAUUUAUAACAUUUGUAAAUUUCGUAAACGUUUCCAUCAAAAUAACUUUGUACUUUAGUCAGAGAUUAAGGCGGAGUUGGUUGUUGGUUUAGUAUUAAAAGUUGUCAAACAAUGUUUAUACAAUCUGUAUUAUGAUUUGUGCCAAAUUCCCACAAAGUACCCCUGCAAAUAUUUGACUCGAACCAUUUCGGAAGCUCUCUUCAUUUGAGUACUUAUGGUUUUUUCGCUCUGAUGCUGGUUGAUUUACCUCGGUUAUCUUUCAAAUAUGGCUCAAGAAUCAAUGUAAAUGCCUUCAACAAUGCAAAAUGGAUUCUAUUCCAAUAGGAUCGCAUCGGUUAUGUUUCAGACUAAACUAUGCAAUAAUGAAGAGAAUUUAGCGCAACAAAUGCAAGAAAAAUACAUUUGCUCUGCUUUGCAUUGUUGUAAUUGUUGUUAAUGUUACAAGAUAUAUACUUAUUGUUGCUAGUGCUAGCGUUGUUGUUGUUACAUUCAGAUAAUAGUUAUAUAUUUUUAUUUAUUUUAAAAAGAGAGAAAGAGAGAGGCAAUGAUCUUUCAUAACGUAUACAUUAUAAAUUUAAGACAAAUAGAAUUUAAAAACGUAGAUGUUAGUGGCUCUUUUCACUCAACCUGCACAAAUAGUUGAUAGGAAUGGAAUUUAAAAUAACUGUUUUUACCGUCUGAUGACAGACCUCACACACAAGCCCCAUUUUUGACACAUAUUCCCAAAGAAAAUUAACUGAAAUAUUGUAAAUGACUGAAUAAGCAUUUUUCUAACAAAUAACAAGUGUUGUUAUUAGUGUAUAUAGGUAUAUCUAUAAGUAGUCUAAGUAAGACUUAAUGAUAACAACUGGGAUGACCAGAUUUUAUAUGAAGCCAUUUCAUCUGUAAAUAAACUUGAAUGUACCUAAUUAUUUAUAAAAUAGUUCUUUUGUUCGACAAAAUAACGAAAAUCACUGUUGUAAACACCAAAUUGCAUCAUCGGUCGGUAAUGACGAGAGUCAGAUAUUUGCGGUCGGAUUAUUGGAAGAUUCUCUAUUUUAAUUGCAAGUCAAGUUUAUUCUUCCAUCGAGGUAUUUUUGUGGAAACGUUGUAUGAUGAUUGUAUAGAGAUUAAGCUAAAGUUGCAGGAAUUUAAUAUAAAAACUAAUCUAUAAGUCCCAAGAUUAUUGAGUUAAGGUUGAAAGUUUUUUUAUUAGUGAAAAGUAUUAUAAUAUUGAAAAACGAUGAAAUAAAAAAUUCAAACUA